UCUGAGCGGUCGGUAGCCGAAGCGAAUCUGUAUAUAAAGCAACGAUAUUGUGGCAGUCUUACCUUUAGUCGUGUGUAUGGGGCCGUGGUUGCGUGUUCUAGGAUUUGCCUGCAGUAUUUUGAUAGGCAGGCAUCACCUAGACACUGUGAGGGCUACCAUAUAGGGAAUCCAUCAUCCGAAUCUAACUACUACAGAAAUCCCCUUUUAAACGCAAGCAAGUUACGACAGCCAAAGGUGAUUUCUUGUGGUUUUAGUGGUUUAUGAGUGUUACUGGGAUAAUAUCUGCAGAGCAAUGCCACCACAAGAGAAGAUUCCGCCACGCGAAGAGAACAGAUUGUCUCAAGAACAGGAUAUCUGUCACUCGCACACGGGAAGCAUACAAGGGUAUUCCAAGACAGAUGAAGACACAACGUCAUGGGUUAAUGGAGUGCCUACGUCACUAGACAGGAUACCCGAUUCAACGGAUAGGGACCCGAUGGAAACACGAACAGAAGCCAGUGCUGGAGAGGUUAGCGCGUGGGCUGCAGUGAAAAUGAAGAUGGCACGACAAUCUUCGAUCAACGACAUUGCCUUGAAACAGAAGACGAAUACGCAGGCCGGCGAGAAGCCUCCUUCCAACCCGGUUCAGGAUGACAAGACAAUUAUGGACUUCGAUGACAUGUUGCCCCAUAUUGGAGAGUUUGGUCUGUAUCAGAAGAUUCUGUUCGCGUUGUUGGCUCCAUUUGCAUUCUUCGUAGCCUUCGUUUACUUCACCCAGAUCUUCAUCACAGUGAUCCCAGAGGAGUAUUGGUGCGAUGUACCUGAUUUGAGGAACCUCACCACGGAGCAGAGGAUAUCUUUGGCUAUCCCACCAAAUGAGGGCAAGACAGGAUAUGAUAAAUGCAGAAUGUAUGCAGUGAAUUUCACUGAAAUGUGGGAUAAAGGAAUUACAAAAGGUAAUCCAUCAUGGCCUACCACAGACUGCAGACAUGGGUGGGAAUUCAAUUACACAGACAUCCCCUACUCAACAAUAGCUUCAGAGCUUGACUGGGUUUGUGACAAGGCAGCCUAUCCUACAAUAGCGCAGGCGGUAUUUUUUUGUGGAGCCAUUUUGGGCGGACUGAUUUUUGGAUGGGUGGCUGACCGCUACGGAAGGAUUCCAGCAUUAGUUUGGACCAAUCUUAUAGGUUUCAUUGCGGGGAUUGCAACUUCUUUUGUCACUACUUUCUGGGCAUUCUGCGUGUGUCGGUUUCUAGUUGGUCUUGCUUUCGACAACUGUUUCACCAUGAUGUAUAUUCUCGUUCUAGAAUAUGUGGGGCCAAAAUGGCGAACCUUUGUGGCAAACAUGUCAAUUGCAAUUUACUUCACAAUGGCCUCAUGUAUGCUGCCUUGGAUGGCGUACUACAUUGCAAACUGGAAGAUGCUUUGCAUUGCUACUUCUGUUCCUCUACUUCUUGCUGCCAUCACACCAUGGAUUGUUCCAGAGAGUGCCAGAUGGCUUGUAUCUCAAGGGAAACUAAACAAGGCUGUCUGCAUACUGAAAAAGUUUGAAAAAAUUAAUGGCAUGAAAGUCGAACCCCACAUCUAUACAAAAUUUAGUGACAGCUGCGAAAAGCUUCAAAAAGAAGAGGAAGCAGUCAGAGUGUAUUCCGUCCUGGACCUAUUCAAGAGUCCUCGUCUUCGAAGCACAACACUGCUCCUCAUUGCUAUCUGGAUGGCAAUUUCACUUUGCUUUGAUGGCCAUGUGAGGAAUGUUGGUAGCCUGGGCCUGGACUUGUUCGUGACAUUCACAGUAGCGAGUGCCACAGAACUUCCAGCUGACACUGUGCUGACAAUGGUACUAGACAAGUGGGGCCGUCGAUGGCUAGCCUGUGGAUCUAUGGUAAUGGGUGGAGUUUUCAGCCUUUUGGCAACAGCUGUCCCAACUGGUGGUCCAUCAGCAGUCCUUGCAAUUAUGGGUCGUUUCAGUGUUAACAUCUCUUACAACAUCGGGCUUCAGUAUGCAGCUGAAGUGCUGCCAACUGUUGUGAGGGCACAAGGUGUUGCUCUUAUUCACAUAAUGGGCUAUGUCGCAAGCAUACUGGCUCCAUUUGUUGUCUACCUGGCCAACAUCAGCCCAGCACUUCCACUGUUAGUCCUGGGAACUAUCGGUAUUACUGGGGGGAUCUUGGCUCUCUUCCUACCUGAGACUCUGGACAAAGAACUACCACAAACCCUGCAGGAUGGAGAGAACUUUGGAAAAGGCCAAAGAUUCCUAGACUUCCCAUGCUGUAGCAAGACUCUGGAUAAAGAGGACUCAGCAGAGAUGAGCAGUAACUUCCAAAGAAGCAACGUGCAGAUGGGUAGGGCAUCCUUCAGAGCUUCUGUCCGAGGAGAAAUGUAUCGAUCCAGCAUGCUCCAGAGAUCAGUUAGGUCCAGAAGAUCAAUGAAACAGUCUGAUGAAAUGCAAGCUGCCAACGUUGUCUGAACAGAAUUCAUACCAAAUAAAUUGCAUCUCAUAAGGGUGCUCGUAUUGUAAACAGACUAGAACUGUAUUCUGCUGUUAAAAUCGUUAUAUCAGUAAUAGUUUAUUUGAAUUUAAAGACUGACAGUUGCUGACUACGAAAGCAAUUCUACAUCCAAAAAUACUCAUAACUUAUGCAGCAGUUCUUAAAUUAUAUGUUUCACUACAGCUCAUAUGCAGGGAUCAUUCCAGUGAUGGAAAAUAAUUUGCUAGUUUCCUACUCACUAAUUUAAUGACAUAACUCCAACAUAUUUCAAUAUCAUACACUAUGAAGUUAUCAAAAUUCAAAUAAUUAAUUAUAUUUUUUAACAUAACCUAGAAAAGGCCUGCUAUAACUUGAACUAUGUAAUAUAUUGACUUGUUACAUACUGUAACUUAUUUACUAUAAUAUGUACAAGAAAUCAAUAAUGUAUCAAGUAGGGAAAUUCAUGUAAUUUAGCUUGCCUUCCUUCUUAAAGCACCUGGAAAACUUCAAUAGAUUCUAUAAACAAUUUACGAACAGUGGGGAAUGAACAAAUAUAAUCAUAUGUGGAAUUCAAAAUGAGCUGCUUGCAUAACUGAACAAAGUCCAGAUGCAGUGAACUAGUCACAAGAUUCAUUUACAUUCAAAGUCACUCUCAUCUGCAUCAAGUUACCAUGACUCUAUACCUUCAUCCUGUACAUACCUAACAGCUAUAUUCGUAUUUAUUGUUUAAACAAAGAUUUUCCUUUUUUGAAGUAAGCUACAAAGACAUUAUGAAGAGAGGUGAGGUUAAGAUUUUAUUAGCCCAGAUGAAUUAAUAUUUUAUUCCAAAGUAAAAAGCUUCCACGUCUUUCUUAGUGAUUAACUGUGGAUAAAGAAAUGUUACUUGCUUCCUUAUCUCUGGUUUUAUAAACAUUUGUUCAAAUGAGGGCUGAGUUUUGAGGGUGGUCAAACACAUCUCCCAUGUCUGAAAUUAAUAGGGGAUAUGUUUU